GUCAAUAAGUCUUGGAGACGAAACCAACGUUAUUAUCGGAAGAUCGUGAAAGAUCGCCAAAGUCAUUCGACACCAUCCGCAUUUCCUCAAAGAUAGUGAACUAAUUCGGUUUAUAGAUAUAACACAUUUCAAGACGAAACAACGACAUGGCGGAUGUGCGUUCACCAUUACUAAAAAAACAGAGGCUGGGGAAGCAGCGAUUUUCAUCGAAUAACUGGCAAACGGUGAGAAUCCAAGAAACUACAACAGAGGAGCUUACGAAGAAGACGACAUCGACAAUAAUGUCGCUGGUCAUCAAUCACGACAACGGCGCCGAUCCGACCGGAUGGAGCGACUUUCUACGAAAAGCUCAGAGCGAAGACAGCUUGACGUUGCAACUACAUCGCGACAAUCCGCAAAACUUUCCAAUGCGAGAUGGACUCGUUCGAGUCAAUUUGCCUAUCGAGCGCAAAGACAAAAUAAUUGUGCCAAAUCACGUGGCGUGGGAGUUCGUGCGCAAAAUUCACGAGUAUCUCGCGCAUUUCGGGACCGAGAAAAUGCUCGCUUUCGCCAAUGAUAUCUUCGCCAUUCACAGAGUUACGAGUCUUGUGCAAGAUGUGGUAGCUUCGUGCCGCAUCUGUAUCGCCUCGAAAAUUUAUACGAAGGCGAUAGCAGAACCGCAUGAUGAUCAAGUAUUCGAUACGGGGGAAAUGAUCUCGAUCGACUUAUACGGAUCAUUACCGCGUUCUCACAGAGGAAACGUCUACGUGAUCAUUUUAAUAGAUCACUUCUCGAAACACACCAAGUUGUAUCCGACGACGAACCAGAAUCUUGAAUCCAUCACUGAGAUUAUCGAGUUCGAUUACAUACGUAAACGUCAACUCGUACCUAAAGUUGUACUGACCAACAACCGCGUACAAUUCAUCACGAAAUACUGGAAACAGUUCGCUGAGAGACUCGGGUUUCGCACAAGAUGCAUGUCGCUGUACAAUCCAAAGUUCAAUCCUGUGGAACACGUAUUGUGUGAGCUGGAAAGAGUUCUGCGCGCCUACUCCAGGAUUGACCAUCAGGACUGGGACAGGAUCUUGCCCAGACUAGAGGCGGUGAUCAACGCGACCGUGCAUUCCACCACCGGGUUCGCGCCGAACCAGCUAGAGCGAGGAUAUACCGAGAUCCUACCGAAUACCAGCUUUGUCGAACUACCGGCGGAGCUGAGACCACUCCAAGAGGAACGAGACAAUGUCGAACUGUCAUCGUUUAACGAAAAGGAGGCGAAACGACUGAUACGAGUGCAAGAAGCGCGGGCUAUCAUGCAGGCCACGGCUGACAAGAAACUCGCUCAGGCCAUCGAGAACGGUUUAUACGAUGUAUAUGAGCCCGGCGAUCUCGUGUGGAUCAGGACCUAUAAUAAAGGGGAAUCGGAACAUCCGAAGGCGUACAAGCUCCUUUCGAUCUAUCAUGGACCGUAUCUCGUGGAGAAAAAUGUUCAUACGAAUGUAUACGUGCUGAGCGGACCGGACGGCAAAUUGAUCGGUAUUAAUAGCUCGAGUCAGAUGCGGCCACAUCGUGAGCCGCUUCUGCAAACACGAUUCAAACUGAAUCUAAAUGAUCAGGCAAAGAGCAACGAAACUGUGAAAGAAACCAGUCUGUCAUCGUCGAAUAACAUAAAUUUACCUUUGACGAGCGACACGCUGAGCCGAAGACGUGAAAGCAGGACCGACGUCGAUUCGUCGUCUAAUUCAUGGCCCAUGAUUUCAUCUACGAAUUUGAGCGACCCUUUGUACAUGUCAGCUUACCGAGAUUUAUCCACAGACGAAGACACCGAUGAUGAUGACAGUACGAUGACCGGUGCAUCUAGAACGAAUCUAAAUGCCCCCUACGAAAUAGAAGAAUUUUUAACAUCGAACACAUAUAAAGAGUCGGCCAUACAAACUGACGAGGUCACUUCGUCAUAAUCGUAUCCAUUUCGUAUGGAAUGAGACCAUGAGGAUGAGAAAAAGAGAAAGCAGAAGCUACUCCUCGUUUUCAUUUAGGAGACCGUACUCGCCCAUCUUGAGGAACAGAAGGCGAUCCAGCGAAAGAAGUCUGGAGCGAAAGCAGGUGGCAGGAGCAUCGUCGAGGAGACGUUGACAAACCUAAAAUAAAGAAAAAAAAUUAAUACUAACACACGUACUUAUUUACUGAUACUUAGUAAGAUUAUUAAUAUUAAGUUACAAACACACACAUAUAAAUAUUUUAGUAUUAAGAUACACGGACACAUACACAUAUUUGUAAAACAGCUUAUUGUUGUCCCACGAGUGCCAAGCACUUCAAUAUAGUCUAAGCAAAGAGAACGAAUGCAACAUUUUUCGUUUUUGUUUUGUUGUUUUGUUUGUUUUCUUUUGUCACGAGAUGUUAUAUAUUGUACUUUUAUUUAUUUUAUGUCCGUGUAACGGACACACACACACAUUUGUAAAACAGCUUAUUGUUGUCCCACAAGUGCCAAGCACUUCAAUAUAGUUAAGCAAAGAGAACGAAUGCAACAUUUUUCGUUUUUGUUGUGUUGUUUUAUUUGUUUUCUUUUGUCACGAGAUGUUAUAUAUUGUACUUUUGUUUAUUUUAUGUCCUUGUAACGUAUUAGAUAUUAACGAGUGUAGCGAAGAUUGAUACAAAAGAUCGAUUUUAUUUUUAUUUUUAUGUAUAAAUUUUAUUAGGAUUAUUCUAUUAUUAAAUGUUAUAAUUAAUCACAAAAUAUGAAAAAGUGCAUACGAUCCUACUCUGAAUCAAAGGUCGAGUCGAGAAUCGCGAAACGUGAGGACCUUUCAUGAGGACCUUUCUUUUUCGUUUUAAAGUGUAAAGCAGAUAGAUUUUGAUAUACAUGAGUCAUAAAUAGCAAGGAAUAUCGUCCCCGUGGUGAAUUUUUCAGUUCUUUUACGAAUAUAUAUAAGUUUCAUUGUUUUUAACUAAGCGUGUCUUAAUAAUUAGGUCAAGACACAAUUUUUCAGGCUGUCAUGUAAGAUGGAUUGAAUUUUAAUAUCUAAGUCGAUUAGAAGUUUAUCUUUUAAGGCUCCUGGCCCCGUAUCUAUUUUUAUUUAAUGACGUCA